UUUUUCUAUCGACAGCCAUGACGCCUGACGCUGCAGAUACUGUCGUUGAACAGGAGACCUUCGUGGUGCCCGACUUCACGGUGAAGGAUUUACUCAGUGCAAUUCCCGCCCAUUGCCACAAGCGGUCGGCGCUGAGGUCGUCUCUGUACAUUGUCUGGGACUUGGUCGUUAUUGCAGCCUUCUACACGCUAGCAACAUACGCGGACACGUUUAUCAAUGUGGACGCCAUUACGUUGCCCCAUCCUGCUCUCUAUCCGCUCGCACGUUUCUCUCUCUGGGCGUUGUAUAGCUUUUGGACGGGUCUCUUCGCUACCGGUCUCUGGGUCAUUGCGCACGAGUGCGGGCACCAAGCAUUCUCCGACUCCAAGGCGAUUAACACGGCGGUUGGUUGGGUCCUUCAUUCAGGACUUGGUGUUCCGUACCAAGCGUGGCGGAUCACCCAUGCUAAGCACCACGCAUCCACUGGCCAUAUGACCCAGGAUCAGGUUUUCGUCCCUGCCACGCGUUCGGAAGUAGGUCUUAAGCCUUUCGACUGUACUAAGGAGGACUUGCUUGGUUCCAGGGUGACGGAGGAGGUUAAGCGGGAGAUGUGGGAAGCACUGGGAGAUUCUCCCAUCGGAGCCUUGAUUGGUGCAGGUAGCUACUUGCUCGGCGGUUGGUGGUUUUAUCUGAUUAAAAAUGCUUCUGGUCAAAAAAGGUAUCCCAAGGGUACAACGAACCACUUCAACCCCAAUGCCCCGAUGUUCGGUUCUCACCAUUACAACCAGAUUAUCUGGUCGAAUAUUGGCAUUGGUCUUUGGCUGUGUGCUCUCGGUUUUUCAAUUCGUCACUGGGGUCUGCCAACCGUUUUCCGUCUUUAUCUCGUACCGUACAUCUGGGUCAACCAUUGGCUUGUCUUGAUCACUUUCCUCCAACACACCGAUCCUCUUCUUCCCCACUACCGAGCGCCUGAGUUCACCUUCCCCAGGGGUGCUCUAGCUACCCUAGAUCGCAGCCUGCUCGGUGAUUUGGGCAGUGUCAUGGGUUGGAUCGGUGCUCAUGCCACGCACGGCAUCUCGGAGACACAUAUUCUUCAUCACGUCGCAAGCAAAAUACCCCAUUACAGCGCUUGGGAAGCGAGCGCUGCGCUCAAGAAGAAGCUUCGAGCAAACGGACACACCCGAUUGGAUGGCCGCCCUGGUGGCUGGGCCGAGGUGUAUCGCGUCUACAAGGAAUGCAAGUUUGUUGAAGAUGAAGGUGAUGUCAUCUUCUACAAGAAUGCUCAUGGAUUGGCAAAGAUGCGACCUGCAUUCAAUGACACAACCGCUAGUGAUUCGGGUAUCGAAAUUCUUGACAAGUAGAUGGUAUUGUCGCAGAAAGACAAAUUCUUGCUCCAUCUCAUAAAAUCCCUUCUUUUGACAUGACUCGGUCCUUUAGGACAUACGAGGUUUUGUGACGUUCUUUCCUAUCGCUGGAGCAUUAGACUCGUUCAUUGCACCUGUAUAGAGAUGUAGAAGUAGUCUUGGAAUUGUGGAAUUAGUUAAUAAAAAUGCAAAAUCUCUUCAUUGGGC